AUGAGAAUCUCUGUUCUAUUCGUGGCAAUCUCACUUUGUUGCUAUGUGACCACCGUACAAUCAGGGGAAUCUGAGGCAUCAGUUUCAUCCGCUCAUGCUUCAAAUGCUCUUGAGGCCAGUGUUCACGAAUCUAUUCCAGCCAGGUCACUUCAACCAGCAAUUCCGUGGGAACAGAUCUGCAAAGCAGCCAUGACAAAAGAUUAUUCAGGAAAAAUAGAAGAAAUCGAGUGUCUCGUGAGAAGUAUCCUUCCACUCAUGCUCCUGGAGACUUCCGACCUUUUACUGGAUCACGAACGACUCUGA